UGAAAGCGAAGCUUAGAGUUGGAGCAGUGCAAUGAACGGUGGCGGCUACAGUCGCUAAUGUUGCGCAAAGGCAUGAUGAGGAGGAGAAUCGGCGCUGCGGAGGAUUGCGCCGAUUCGGGAGCUGAGACCGGAGGAUCUGAUUCCAGUAGAAUGUCUUCAAGUAGUGAACUGGUGCAAGAAGAGGGUCAGGACCCCUUCCAGGUGACUGUACAUCUUCUUGCAAACCCUGGUGAAUCUCGAGGAUUACAGCAAACCCUAGACUGUCUGUUGCAUUGGAUUAGCCCAGAUAUCCAGUUGUUUCAUGUUUCAGAGCGGGCAAGUCCAAUGAUACGUUGCAAGUCACAGCACAGAAAAAAUGCUGGCUAUCCGUCUCUCUCUGUUAUCCUCUUCCUACAUGAAGACUUUGGUGAAGAACGAAUUUUGCAAGUUCAUGACUUUUUCCAGGACCCACCAUGGCAGUAUCAUCACAGUGAGAGUGUUGGUGGCAAAAUUCUUCCUUAUAUGAUUUGUUGUCAGGAUUUCUACUCGUUGGAUGCUACCAUGCCAAUCUGGGCUGUAAGGCAAGUACAUUAUGGAAAUGAAAUCUUGCGAAUCACUGUGAGCUGUAGCUUUGAGAAUUUUGAGGAUGCUGUCAAACUCUAUGAAUUAAUUUUGCACAAAAAAGCUGCUGUGCAAAAAACUGAUUUCUGUUGUUUCACUAUAUACUCGAGCCACAAUUUCUGUAUCCAGCUCUCGUUAAAACAAUUGCCACUUGGAACUCCUGUUGAUCUCAAAGAAUCUGCAGUGCUUCAGUUCAGAGUGCAUGCAAUAGGAGAAUUGGUGCCACUUCUUCCAAAUCCAUGCAUCCCCAUCAGCAACACCAGGUGGCAAACUGAAGACUAUGAUCGAAACAAGAUCCUUUUCCAAGUCAGAGGGAGCAUUCAGCAUUUGGACAUAAACUGCUCUGCUGGUCAAGUAUGUCUCAACAGUGGUUUUAGCAAUCAUUCAAGUAGUUCAAUGUCUUGCAAUCAAAAUUUACAUUUUGAUAUGUUAUCCUACAAUCAAAUGCCUCAUGACAGGGUCAAAAUGUUUUCUGCAGAGGAAAGGAAAGAUGUGAAAGGCAAACAAAGAAAUAAUUUGCAUGGAAUGUUGGACAGAAAUGAAAGCAGCACAUCAGAGAGUUUAUGCAGCACUCCAAAAAGUAGCUCCUGUUACUCAUCACAACGGAGCAGUCCAGCGACAAUGUCUCGAAGUGAUUUGUCAUUCCAUUUUAACACGCCUAUAAGGGUCCGAAAUCUUGAUCAUGAAACUACCACUGGAAUACAAAAUGCAGAAACUGAUGUUGACACUGGAAUUAUUGUUACAAAGUCAAAUCCAUUUGCUGGUGCUAGUCCCAGCUGUAACUCAAGUAUGAAAAGUCAUGCAUUAAAACCAAAAGAUCUAUCUUCUGAGACUAACAGUAUUGUAAACAAAAAGUGGCAAUCUUCAGAUGAAGAAGAAAAGCUGGCUCCACUUCGUCAGAAAUCACCUAAAGCACCCCAGCAGUUUUGUGACAGCACAGAAGAGGAGUUUUUUAUUUAGACUGACAAAUGUUAUCUUACUAAAUUUCACUUUAAUCUGUAUGGUGAAGUUUCACUUUGUAAUAAUGCACAAAUACUUGCAAGAGGUUACUAACGGAACAAUAAAUUACGAUUGUUUUUCAUCUUUUAAAGCAAAUAUUCAUCUGACUCAUGUUUUUAUUAAUUCUGUUAACAUUUCACUUGCACUGUGUGGAUUUAUCCUGUAAAAAUAGAACAAAUACAGUGGUCUGGUGUAAUUUGAAGAAAAUCUCAUUAUUAUUAAAUGAAUAAUUUAAUUCUAAUGUUAGCUUGGAGUUGCAGAAACUGCACAUAAUAUGUAGCUCUAAUGUGCUACAAUAAGCACUUCAGCGAAGUCUCAUUUUGCUGUUUAUCGAAACUGAUGUACAUACUAUAGGGCCUUCAUAACGAUGUCUUUAAAAAGAUUUAAAAAGAAUAACUUGCUGCCUGUUCAGGUUGUUUUUCUGUUACUUGUGUCUGGUAUUGGAAGAUCAGUUCUAUGGAGUAUUUAAUGUGUUGAACACAACAUGAAUGUCAAUAAUAUCCGUCAAGCAUUUUGUUAAUUCAUUUGAUGAACGUUAUUAAUUCAGUUCAUCUCUGCUCAGUACUAAAACAAAUUGUUGGAAAUAUUUAGCAGGUCAAGCCAAAUCUGUGGAGAGAGAAACAGUGUCAAUAUUUCUCAUCAGAAUCUGUUCAGUGAACUGAAAGUGAACUAUUCUUCUACCCACAGAUGUGGCCUGACCUGCUGAGUGUAUCCAGAAUUUUCCGUUUUUGCUUUAGAUUUCCAACAUUUGUGGUUUUUAUUUGAUUUUCAUCUCUGCUCAGAAACUUCGUCAAGUCAUCACUUCCUGUGCCAUAAGCACUUACGAUUUAAAUAAAUAGAGAAUUUGAUGUAAGAUCUGAAAAUUUAUUUCUACCAGUUUAGUAAGUUUUAAGCAGAAUGCUGAAUUUUUAAAAAUAUAUUAAACUUGACUUUGCAAAAAAUAAAGUUUAUCAAUUUAGAAAACACUCAUCACCAUUAUAGAUGACAAAAUCGACAGGGUUUCUUUUUUUUAUAUAAUUAGUAACACCCCUGUUCCUCUCUCCAAGCCACCUAAAUCACUUUUCCUCUUUCAAGGAAGCAGUGCCAUUUAAGUUUUAAAUCUGGCUUUGAAAAUGAUUUUUUUUUGUCACAGGAGGUACUGUAAUUUUUGAUAUAAAUUAUUUUGAAUAUCCAUUAAAAUUUUGUAAUCACAAGAUGAGGAAAGGUAUUCUGUAUAAGAAGCCUAUCACCUCAACAUCAAAUCUUCUCAUUGUCUGUGGCGCAGGGGUUAGAAUGGUGGUUACAGGGUAUACUGAAUUGCUUUGACCACUGCAUUUCAUUGUUUUGGGAAUAAUCACCAGUGAGUAUUCAGUUCCAGUAGCUGUAGGGCCAAAGAAAACAUUAUUGUAGUGCAUUGUCAUUUUAAAUGCACUUUUCCCCAUCUCUAUUCAAAUCACCAUUGCUGAGAAAGAACUGCAAUGAAUGCACUGGCACACUUUUAAAUCCAAGUGCCUCUCCACCUUGUGUCUCCUCCUGAGUAUCUGCAUCAGCAUUUAUCAUCAUUAGGUCAGUAGCAUCAGCCAUCGAGAACUGCAAUGCAAUCCAUAGCUACAAGAGUGCAGCAGUUCAAAAAGACCUAUCUCUGCCACAUAGGAAAUGGGCAGUACAUGAAACUUCGCCAAACGCAUCCAUACAUUUCAAACAAAUUGUAAAGAAUUGUUCCGUAUUGGUAAGAAGAAAAGACUUGACGGGUUCUAGAUGUUAUGAUAAAAUCAUGUUCAUUGCUAAUUGUUGAAAAUUCAUACUUCCAUCAAAAAGUUGCAUGUUUAUUAUUG